GAGAGAGAGAGAGAGAGAGAGAGAGAGAGAGAGAGAUAGAGACAUGGACGGAGGGGGGUUCACGUCGGAGCUGAUGGGCGAUUAUGACGGCCCAGCGACGAUGGAGCUGGGACAUGCAGGGGACACACGUUACGUGGAGCGUCGUGACAGUCGGCAUGCAUACGGGGGGUCAGAAGAGUGCGUGGACAGCCAUGCCGACCGAUACAGUGAGGUUCAUACAUCUGACGACCGGCGCAGCAGUCCGGUUGUCGACCAACCUCAGACGGAGACAGAAUCUUCGACAAGAAAGAGACGUGGCAGCGAUGCGGCGCCCACAUCCAGUCCCGCACAAGCGGGGGCCGCCCCGUCGACGGCAGAAAACAGCCAAGGAGGGAGGGGUGGCCGGUCCAGACAGGCUCCCCGACCGGAGGGCACGACGAAGAAACAUGUGCCUUUGUCGUUGGAGGAGCGUAUCAUGCUGGCGAGGAUCUGCGGUGAGGACGAUGCUCUCAUGGCUGAUGCGAGCGGUGUGCAUAAGCACAAGACGAAGCAGGGGCGAUUCCAGUGGAUCUCCGACAGCAUGCGUGACGAGAACUUCUUUAGGACAUCGGAAGACUGUAGGAAGAAAUGGAACUCUAUGAGGGACACGGUUGCUUUGAUCAGGGACAAGUGUGAAAGAUCGGGUUCGGCCGGGUAUUUCAACAUGACGACGGAGGAGCGAAAGGAAAGGGAGGUGUGCUCGACGUUUGAACGACCUUUGUGGGAUGCUAUGGAGUGGUGGUGCCUGAAGGCGUCCGCCACAUGUGACAACACCUUAGCGUCUGAGGAGCUCGGGGGAAGUGGUUCUGGGCAGGCUUGCGGGGGGGGAUCGGAAGGAAGAUGCACGGAUGCAUCGAACGGCAGGAGGAAGACACGCAGGACAUCCUCUGGUAGAGCACGCAGUGAGGCGACGACAUCGAAUGUUGGAAUGAUGACAGCGAUGGAGGAUUCCACGACGAGGCUAAAUGAUGGACUGGACAGAGCGUCAUCUGCGUUUGCACGUGCAACAACUGAAAGUGCAGCGAUGGUUUCUUCCCGGAUGGGUGACAUGGCGGUCCAAAUUGACGCUGUUGCCGGCGCCAUGCAGGAUGGGAACAUGGUCCUGCAAAGUCUCGUGGCAGUCAUGGCGGCGAGGUCAGCACCUUCCAUGCCGCACCCCGGCGGUGGUGUGGAGACAGACCCUUCGUCCAAGUGAAUACCGCGUCGUCCUGUCAUUGUCGGGGGGUGGGUGGGUGAAUUCGGCGCGGGUUAGGGGAUAUGUGUUUGUCAGGGGGUGGGUGGGUUUCUGCUUAAUGUGAACCCCAAACAACCCCCCACCCCCUAACCCUAAGUUUUUUGGUUUUUUUUUUUACAUUUUCUGUUGUCAGAGGGCCAUCGGAACCGAUGUCAGCAGCGCCUGUGCGUGUGUGUGUAUCGACGUGGAUGGCGUGAAGCGCAUGGCCAGAAUCCGGAUGGGGGUGGGAAAAAAAACAAACCAAAAAAGAAUAA